GAGAAAGAUUUUCUCUGUCUUGCUGUGUAUUAAGAAUACUAGACACUUUUGUACUAUAACACGGAUCAAGAAAAACUUUAACUAUAUUAUUUCCUUUAUUAAUCUUAGACGAAUAAAAAUAUGGCUUUAUCACCACCAAAUGAUUCAACAAAUCGAUUAAUUUCUUUAAACUUAAUUAAUAAUAAUGAUAUUGGACGUACAUUAACGUUAUUAAAAACACGAAAAGUACUUGUGAUAUACACAGGUGGUACUAUUGGAAUGAAAGCACAGAAUAAUGUUUUAGCACCAGUAGAAAAUUGUCUUCAAGAAGAAUUACGUCGUAUGAAUAUAGCACAUGAUAAACAAUAUGCCGAUUCAAUUCGUGAAACGGAUCCACGUGAAUUAUUUUUAUAUUUACCUUCACCUAAUGAAACAGAAUGUAUAGCUUAUUAUAUAUUAGAAUAUAAACCAUUGUUAGAUUCAGCAAAUAUGACUUUUGAUAAUUAUAUUCAAAUUGCAUUAAAUAUUAAAGAUGUAUAUGAAUUAUUUGAUGGAUUCGUUAUUUUACACGGUACUGAUACAAUGUCUUAUACAGCAGCUGCAUUAUCAUUUAUGUUUGAACAUUUGUCUAAACCUAUUGUAUUAACUGGAUCACAAAUUCCUAUAUUUGAAGCUCGAUGUGAUGGACGGGAUAAUUUAAUUGGUUCAUUAAUUGUGGCUGGAAAGCUGGCACAUCGUAUACCAGAAGUAACUGUUUAUUUUAAUAAUCGUUUAUAUCGUGGAAAUCGUGUUACAAAAAUUGAUUCAGAAGGGUUAAAUGCAUAUGAAUCAUAUAAUUUUCCACCAUUAGCAGAAAUUGGAAUUAAUGUUCAAGUUAAACGAGAUUUAAUUUUUGAUAAAGGAUAUGGACAAUUUGCUGUAUGUACAAAUUUAAAUAUAAACGUUGGCGUAUUAAGAUUAUAUCCUGGUAUAACAGCUAAAACUGUUCGUCAAUUUCUUGAAUCACCUAUUGAAGGUAUUGUAUUACAAACAUAUGGUUCAGGAAAUGUACCAAGUAAUCGUAUGGAUUUAUUAGAUGAAUUAAGAAAAGCAACUGAACGUGGUGUUAUUAUAGUUAAUUGUACACAAUGUAUUAAAGGUUCUGUUCAAUAUAUGUAUGAAGCAGCAACAUAUUUAAAUCAAAUUAAUGUUAUUUCUGGUCAUGAUAUGACUGUUGAAGCUGCAUUAAUGAAAUUAUCUUUUGUAUUAGCUCGAUAUUCUGAUAAUAAUAGAAGGAAGCAAAAAAUGAUUCAAAAUUUAAGAGGUGAAAUGAGUGUUAAUAAUCCUCAUCAAUACAUCAGACAACUAUCAAACUAUAAUGAUUAA